AUGCUCGCGCUAUCAAAGAGCGUUCUAAACCAGGAAUCACAAACACAGCUGAUUACCAGCAACAUGCGCGCCGCUCAGUCACGCAGCUUGAGCGCCUCCAAGCCAUUGGCUACCACUUCGCCUUCUUCACAUUCUAUUGCGACCAAGAUCUUUAUGCAAGCUCACCCUUUCCGUCCCGAUGAACGAAGCUCGAUAUCGAAAGCGUUCCAUCAGAUACGGCAGCUUCAACAGAAGAACGAGGCACUCGCACGUGAACGCGCCGCACUUCAAGGUUAUGUCGUUCAACUCGAGGGUCGGCCGACAACUCAGCAACACGAUGAUAUUGCCGCAGCGCACGCGCUUGUUAAAGAGCACGUUAACGUUCUGGUCGCGAAGGGGAAUGCAUUAUCUGGCACAUGUAACCUCCAGAAAGCCAUCAUCGCCGCCAAAGACCGCGAGAUCACCGAACUUCUACAUGAUCAGGAACGAGACAGGAGCGCUCUUGAUACUUUACGCGGAAAGCGCCGAGCAGACCGAAAGGCCAUAGACGAAUGGUCUUGUCGUAUCGCCGACCUAGAGGGGACAUGCAACGAGCAGGCGAGCACUAUUGCUAUUCUUCGCAAGGAAAGUAGUGGUUCGAAAGCCAAAGUACACGGCUUAUCCGAAUUCGUCUCCAAGAAGGAUGAGGAGCUAGCUCGGCUGAAGCUAGCUCUAGACGCAGCCGCUGCCAUCCAUGGAAACCAUAACGCCCUACCCGAAGGAAGCGACUCAGUUGCUUGCAAUUGCAAAGCCAACUUGGUGAAGCAAAACAGUACAUAUCGAAAGCUUUCCGACCAUUUUGCGGAGAAAAGCAAGCUCUGGGAAAAUACCGAGGAGAACAUCAAGCGUGCAGCCCUCAUCGCUCAAGCGGAAACUCGUAACAACCACGCAAACUGGGUGCAGAUCUUGCAAGAGAAGGAUGCCACCAUCGCUGAUCUAGGGACUACACUAGAGGCCGCAAUGGCCAAAGGCGACCUAGCCAAGCAUACCCAGCACGCCAUUAAGACGCAUCAAGCCUUGCGUAAGAAGAACGCAGCAUUGAGCAAAGAGAACAAGAACCUCAAGACGGAUGUGCAGAAUCUGCUCGAUACCAAUCAGUCGAAUGCAGAUCGACUGACCGCGUACUUGAAGAAGCUUGAGACGCUGCAGGCCGAACGCACAGAUGCGGUCGAUCAAGUCUCCCAUCUGAACGAUAAACUGACGAAGUGCAAUAAAUACGCUUCGGAUUUGCAGAAGUUCAUCGCUGCUGCAGCUGCCAAGGCGAACCAGGGCGAUAUCUCCAACCCCACAGACUGCGUUCCACGAGCCACUGUUAACGGCAUCGUGGCAGAGGCCAUAGCGGAGUAUUACACGCAGGCAAAACAACUUCGCGCUGAGCUUCAGCAGGAACAAGAGACACGUCGACACAUUCAAGCCAAAUUGGACCAGUGUGACAAGGAUCUCUUCACACACCAGACCGAGGAGCAAGAUCGCUUAGCCAAGGUAGCUGGGCUUGAGCGCAAAGUGCAGUCACUGAAAGCACAAGAGAAGCUUCUCGAAGACCAAAUCCAGAGCUGUCAUGCCUUGGUCAGCGCUACAAACACCACCAGCAGCUCACAUGCUUUCGAAAUGCAUCGCCUGAUCCUCAACCAGAUUCACCCACUCCAAACAGAUAACAGGAAACUCAUCGCCGAGAAGUACGAACUCCUGAAAGAUGUCGAUGGGUAUAAGCGUGAGGCACUCGAUACGCGCGCAAAGUGCGAACGCAGGAUCGACAACUACCGAGCAUGGUAUAAAGACUUCGAGAUGCAUUACUGGCACGUCGCAGUUAUCGAGCGCGAUAGCCUGCACGAGGAACUUGCGUAUUGGAAGAAGAAGUGUGGCAAAGAACACUUUUACUGCUCCACGGCUUCAAGCCGCUUAGUCCACGACAGGCGUUUGCUACAGUUUGCGCUACGGGAAGACCACGGCCUCACCAAGAGCAUGCUUCCCAAGGAGUACUUCGAUCCAGACUUCCUCAAGGGCUGCCACUCAGCAGUUGAGCUGGCUUUGCGCAAGCUCUGGCCGGACUUCUGGCAGUACUUGGAGGGACAUGCCGCGUGGGUGCCUCUCACGGUUCCCCUUCUCACAGGCGAGGGUGAGAUCGUCAUGGAUGAGGCUACUCGUGCGGCGUCGAAUGCGCGGCUGGCGGAGUUCAAGAAGGAACUUAAGGCGCUCGACGAAAAGCUCGAAGAGGCGCAUCGCAAGAUGUUUGACAUUGACGAUGGGUCGGACAGCGACGAGGAAGAGAAGGCCGAUGAAAACGAUGAUUCCGACGGUAGCAAAGACUACAUCGGCACGCCUUCCAAUACCCCAGGCUCACACGACACAGGUGAUACGUCACCGCCUUCUAGCAAGCACAGAUCUCAUGAGCGAGAAGACCCGAACGAUAGCACGAAGGCUGACGACUGCCAUCCUGAUGAUGGCCAAAAUCCAACAGCGAUCAGAGAGGAAGAGGCGCGGGAGUUUGAUGAGCUACCUGCAUUUGCAAAGACGAUGCUUGCGCGCAUCAGCGCACACGAAGCCGAGAAUGAGAAGCUUGCCGGUUAUGUCGCUGAUGAAGACAUCGAUCAAGACGCGUUCCUAGCGCAGUAUGGUCAGGGUAUUACGGGUUCUCAAAACAGCAAUCUACCUAACCCGACCGAAUCUAUCCAAGUCGCUGCGCCCGUCGAAGAAAUCAGCAUCGACCGCCUGGACGUGAAUGGUGAGGACGGGCGUACUCUUGAGCAACGAGUCGCUGAGGAAUACGUGGAGGGUGAGCAUAACACGUUUUCUGAAGAGGAGUAUGAUGACUUUGAUGAUGGGAUGAAGAAGAAGUAUCGCGAGGCUAUGGUGGAAGCUGUGGUCGAGGGUCUGUAA